GGCUCACUGUUGUUGUCAGCCAGUGUGUGUGCACAACUUAGAAGGGCUGAGGGUACUGUGUUUGGUUUAAGGUAAACUCAGGAGAAACAGUGUAAGCAUGGCUGCCGCACAUCGUUUGGUUAUUGUCCGCCACGGUGAGAGUUCCUGGAACCAAGAGAACCGCUUCUGCGGUUGGUUUGAUGCUGACCUCAGUGAGAAGGGUUUGGAGGAGGCCAAGCGUGGAGCCCAUGCCAUCAAGGAGGCAGGGCUCAAGUUUGAUGUGUGCUACACCUCCGUGCUGAAACGUGCUGUCAAGACCCUGUGGACCAUCAUGGAGGGCACAGACCAGAUGUGGCUGCCAGUGAUUCGUACCUGGCGUCUGAAUGAGCGCCACUACGGAGGCCUCACUGGUCUGAACAAGGCCGAGACAGCUGCAAAGCAUGGCGAGGAGCAGGUGAAGAUCUGGCGCCGUUCAUUUGACAUCCCGCCUCCACCCAUGGACAAGGACCACCCUUACCACAAAGUCAUUAGUGAGUCCCGGCGCUACAAGGGCUUGAAGCACGGUGAGCUGCCCACAUGUGAGUCACUGAAGGACACCAUUGCCCGCGCCCUACCUUUCUGGAAUGACGUCAUCGCUCCUGAAAUCAAAGCUGGAAAGAACGUUAUCAUCGCUGCCCACGGCAACAGCCUCCGUGGCAUCGUCAAGCACUUAGAGGGUCUGUCUGAUGCAGCCAUCAUGGAGCUGAACCUUCCCACAGGAAUCCCAAUCGUGUAUGAGCUGGAUGCACACCUGAAGCCCAUUAAGCCCAUGUCUUUCCUUGGUGAUGAAGAAACCGUGAAGAAGGCCAUGGAGGCCGUGGCUGCCCAGGGUAAAGUCAAGAAGUAAACCUGCUCCAGAGGCUCCAUGAGGAGGCAGAAAGAGAGACUGCUCCCCCUUUGUCCUUCAACCUUUCCUCCUAUCCAUUUAUCCAUCCUUGUAGUCCAUUCCAACUGGGGAAACGUUUAAUGGUUCUUUUGGAGACGGGCCAUUUUCAGCACAUUAGCCCUGUUUGUUUAAAUUACAUACAGAGGGAUGAUUUGUCAAUUCAAGCAGACAGCCCGGCCUCACAUUUUAUGCAGCCGCACAUCACUCAGCCCUUUUAAAUUGUGGUCAAGCCCUAUUUUGAGGGCCCCACCACCCUGGCACAACCAAUAAAAAAA